AUGGAAACUCAAGAAGACUGUGCAAUUAGGCGAGGACAACCUAUUCGUCAUUACCAAAAUGAUUACAAAUCUGAUGGACAUACUUCGACUUGUAAGCAAUAACGUUUUCACAUAAAUAUUUGAUUCUAUGUAUAUUUUCUUUAUUAUUACAAUUAUUUUUCCGUUUAGCAAUGAUAGUGAACCAAUCCCAAUAUCUGAACAUGGGCAGGUCUACUGUAAGAAUAGCUGUGUAUCUAAUGACUGGAAUCUUUUUAACAAUGGACAUUGAACACAGUUCUACCGCGCAUCAAAUCCUUGCAAUGAUACAAUCUGAAGGAGAAUUGGGAUUGACAAGAACUCUCCCUUUAUUCACUGGCCAAACGGUUUUUGCUCUGUGGCUUUGCUCUUCAAGAUUGGAGGUUCAAUUGCAUCCGAAUCACAAGCCUUUAGAGCUAGCUGCAAAGUGGAAUCGCUUUGUAAAAAAAUACAGUUCUCAGAGGGAAGAGACAGACGAGGAACCUUUGCUAUGCCUUAGAAGAAACGUGUUUCUCUCCCGAUCAGACGAGGAGCAAAUAAAAGAAGCCAAAGUGUUAGAAUUAUUGUAUGCAGAAGCCAGAAACAACGUGCUGCAAGGGCGUUAUCCGUGCGAGGGACAGGCACGAUAUGCAAGUCUUGGAGCGUUGCAAGCACGCAUUGAACUUGGCCCGUACAAUCCUCAAAGUCACACACUCGCAUUUUUCAGGAGGCAUCGUGGCCGAUUCUUGCCUCAUCAUUACACUUCUCCUAGUUUAUUAUUGGGACUUGGUGUUGGACUGGGACUGGUAGGGGGGAAAGGAGCACCAGAGGCUCGCCUGCUCGAACAGUACAAACGGAUACCAAAUCACACGGGAACUAAUACGAAUUCGCGGAAGCUUGUCAGAAAGUAUUUAGAGUUUUGCUGGAGUUUACCGUGUUACGGUGCGGCCUUCUUUCAAGGCCAAAUCGAACGUCCCGUGAGAGGCCUCGCAUCAUGGAUUACAAACCGUGACAUGCACGUACUCAUUGCUAUUAAUUCGUCAGGUGUAUAUAUCGUGGACGACGUCCAAUGCAGUUUGUUAUUAGGUCUAAGGUAUUCAGAGCUGAGCUGGGAAAUGGCGAAACCUUCCGACGAAGGUAAUCUGGAUUGUCUGCCGUGUUUGUUUCUACAGUUCCCUGUGCGAGAGAACGGGGCACGAGUUUAUAAAAUUCUACAAGUAUUCUCAAGACAAGCAAUAAUGAUGGACACGUUGAUUUCUGGCUUUGCCGAGGAUCAUCGUCGUCAUGGAACUAAUGGCGAUGUGGCGAACACCGAUCGUUUAACGGAUCAUACAAUAGGUUCGAGCACCGGAAGUUUUACUAACAAACUUAGUAAAUUUACAUUAGCCACCUUUGACGACGAAGGUAGGCGUGUCGAUGUAUUGGACAAAUGGGUUCUUGGUCCUUUCAGUGAAAUGUCACCUUUAACGUUGUUUCACUUAGAGUCACCUCUGAGUGUCGCGAGAUGCGGACUUUGU